AUGGAUUCGACUUGCAAUUUUUGUGAGUACCAAUAUGUACAUAAAACACUAAAUUAGGACUUUGCAGUCAUCAUCAAAAAAGCACUCUAUGAAAAGUAUUCGUCUUCGCAGAAUUACACUUACAUUCGAAUCAUCAAUGAUCUAAUCUUCGCCCGUCGAAGUCGAAUCACCAAUACAUUCAAAGACUACCUCUUUUGGGAUUACAACGAUGAGUAUAUGGAGAACUACUUCCAUUCUCCCAACGAUGUACUCUUCGAUACUAUCAAUUCCAAUUCCCAAAAAUUUGUGCCCCGCAUAUUUCAUACUCCCAUUGCCAAAACCAUGGAUACUUACUACAAUCCCAAAAUUCGAUAAUCUCGAAAAUACUCCAACAUCAAUUCCAUUAGCGUUUCAAAAAUACUACAGAGCAGUCUACUCUAAAAAUAACAACAAUACAGUUCACAAGGGUCCAUCUUUUUUAUCAAAAACCAACUAAAUGAUAUUGUCACCAAUAGUUCAUUGUCUUUUCAAACUGUCAAUAAUAAGUAGGAGGUCGGAGUCUAACUCAGAUUGAUCUAUUAGAAAUUCUGUGACAGAAGACAGGAAACCAAAAAGUAGAAACAAAGAAAGAAAAGUUAAGCACAUUCCAUUGACAAGGAAACUCAAACUCAAGGCUUCCAAUUCAUACCUAUCAUUUAUCACAAAGAUAAGCAAUUUCUAUAAAAGAUCAUCAAGUAACAAAAGGAAAAAGAGUCAACACAAAUUUAGUUUCAAAAAUUGAACAAAUAAAAUAAAUCAUCCAGAUAUAGAAGUAGUGUGGAAAUCAGUAACAACAGAUAUGGUUCUGCAUCUAAGAUAUCACAAUAAUCAACUGCUAGAGUCUAUGAAUCCAAUGCUUCAAGUAGAUAUAAUUCGACUGCUACUUAAUAAAAGAUUAUUCGAUCCUAGCGUACAAAAUCUUAAACACAAGAUUCAAAUAACAUAACUAAGGCAUUAGAAAGUUAAUUCAAUAAUUAAGUUGAUAUUAAGUAAACAUUAAAGAGGUUUGAUAGUGGAAUUAAAUAACAAAAAGUUAAAUGA